UAGCGUGUUCCGCCUCCGGUGCAGCUCCGGCCUCGGGCCCGUCCGCCGCACCAUGGCUUCCACUUUGGAGGAGUUGCAGAAAGACCUAGAAGAGGUCAAAGUGUUGCUGGAAAAGACCACUAGGAAGAGAGUGCGUGAUACUCUUACAAGUGAAAAAUCCAAGAUUGAGACAGAAAUGAAGAACAAGAUGCAGCAGAAAUCACAGAAGAAACCAGAACUUGAUAAUGAAAAGCCAGCUGCUGUGGUUGCUCCUCUUACAACAGGAUACACUGUGAAAAUCAGUAAUUAUGGAUGGGAUCAGUCAGAUAAGUUUGUGAAAAUCUACAUUACCUUAACUGGAGUUCAUCAGGUUCCCACUGAGAAUGUGCAGGUACACUUCACAGAGAGGUCAUUUGAUCUUUUGGUAAAAAAUCUCAAUGGCAAGAAUUACUCCAUGAUUGUGAACAAUCUUUUGAAACCCAUCUCUGUGGAAAGCAGCUCAAAAAAAGUCAAGACUGAUACAGUAAUCAUCUUAUGUAGAAAGAAAGCAGAAAACACACGAUGGGACUACUUAACUCAGGUGGAAAAAGAAUGCAAAGAGAAAGAAAAGCCUUCCUACGACGCUGAAACAGAUCCCAGUGAGGGAUUAAUGAAUGUUCUAAAGAAAAUUUAUGAAGAUGGAGAUGAUGACAUGAAGCGAACCAUUAAUAAAGCGUGGGUGGAAUCUAGAGAGAAGCAAGCCAGAGAAGACACGGAAUUUUGAGACUUUUAAGUCCCUUGGGAACUGUGAUGUGGAACGCUCAUGUUCCCAGUAAGGGAAUAUUGUUGAAUUGCACAUAAAAUGACAGAUAACUAUUUACACAGCCUUCUAAGUAAAGACAGCAAAUUCUCCAUUUCUUACUGGAGGAUUUGAUUUAAGUAAAUAUGCUUAUUAAACAUUUCCUUCAUUAGCAUCAUUGUCAUUUUGUUUAAGAAAAGGUUUUACAUUUACUGAAAUGUAAAAAAGAAAUUUACAUAAUGAAAAUGUUACUUUUGUUCUGGCUGAGAGGUAAAAACCAAAAUAUUGGCCUAUAACUUACAUCAUCUCCCACUACUGUAAAAAUAAAACCAAACUUUUGCAUAAGA